AUGCCCAACUCAAUGGCUCUCACACCGUACGGCUCGAAUGGAAGUACAGACCUCACCAUGGCUGUCCUUGGCUGUGGUACCAUGGGUGUCGCCAUUCUUAGUGGAAUCUUGAAUUCUCUCGCCGAGAUGCAAGGACCCAAGCCCCUCCAGCAGUUGCCCCGAUCGGGAGCUUCAACGCCUGGUGACGAGGUGCCUGAGCGACUUCCUUCGCGCUUUGUUGCCAGUGUAGCCACUCCUGCUGGCGCUAAGCGCGUCAAGGGUGCGCUCUGGGAGCACUCUUCUGUCCUCAAGGUUGUCCAUAACGAUAACCUUGGUGCUGUCCAGCAGUCUGAGGUUGUCAUCCUGGCAUGCAAGCCCUGGAUGGUCAAGGAGAUUCUUACUGAGCCCGGUAUCUCAAAGGCCCUGCAUGGCAAGCUCCUGAUCAGUGUUUGCGCUGGUAUUACUGUCGAGGACAUUGAGAUUGCGCUUCACGGCGCUGUGCCCUGCAAGGACCCUGAGGAGGAUGGCCGAUGCCGCAUUGUUCGUGCCAUGUGCAAUACUGCUGCCGUUAUCCGCGAAUCCAUGACUGUCAUUGCUUCUCCCAACUCUCCUCUUGACCACGCCACCGAGAGCCUGGUUACAUGGAUCUUCAAGCGCAUUGGUGACGUUGUUUACCUGCCGACCCGACACAUGGACGCCUCAACAGCUCUGUGUGCUUCCGGUCCUGCUUUCUUCGCUCUCGUCCUGGAGGCUGCUAUUGACGGUGCCGUUGCCAUGGGCAUUCCUCGUCCUGAUGCACAGCGCAUGGCCACACAGUCUAUGAGGGGCACUGCUGGUCUUGUCCAGCAUGGCGAGCACCCUGCCCUUCUCCGAGAGAAGGUCUGCACAUCUGGAGGCUGCACUAUUGGUGGUGUCCUGGUCCUUGAGGAGGGUAAGGUCCGCGGCACUGUUUCAAGAGCCGUGCGUGAAGCCGCUGUUGUGGCUGGACAGAUUGGCAAGGGCGCCGAGGGUGUAAAUGGAACAAGGUUCAAUUACGAAUGA